CCCGCCUCAGCUAAAACCCUCCAUUUGAUGCAGGCCCCGAACAUUUCGGCCCAUGCUGCUGCCCGAACACAGGCUUUGGAAAUUGUGAUCAUAUUGCAGACUCGAUCGUUGGCACUGCGAAUCUGUACAUCGACAAUUCGAGUCUGAUGAAGGUGUGAGGAAAUCUCUCGGAGGCGCUUCACCUUCUUCACUCGUGGCUGGCUCUGUCUCGGAGUGAUGAGUACGAGAAGAACGAGAAGUUUCCGGCGCUGGAAGUUGUUGGAAUAGGAAUUUGUGAGGAAGGAUGGUUUUGAGGAUCGCCGAGACGUAGUAGUGGAUAUCGUGCGAGAAAUUGCUGUGGUUGUGGGAUCGGUUCGUUCGGUUUAAUCCGUAUGCUUGGCGCGAGGCUCGAAGUCUUGCUUCAGGGCAGGGGAAGCCUUGGUGUUUUAUGUGAUUGAAAAAGGUCGAUCAUGGAUACUGUGACAUCUUACACCAGGUUCCCGACUGUGAGAAUCAGGGAGCUCAAGGAUGAUUAUAUUAAAUUCGAGCUGAAAGACACCGACCCAAGUAUUGCAAAUGCACUUCGGCGGAUUAUGAUUGCCGAGGUGCCUACCCUCGCUAUCGACUUGGUGGAAAUUGAAACAAACUCGUCAGUCUUGAAUGAUGAAUUUUUAUCCCAUCGGCUUGGUUUGAUUCCUUUGAAGAGCGAGAGAGCCAUGGAAAUGCGUCUUUCUCGAGAUUGCGAUGCCUGUGACGGAGACGGCAGCUGCAUGUACUGCUCAGUGGAGUUCACUCUCAAUGUGAAAUGUACCUCGGAUCAAACCCUGGAUGUUACAAGUCACGAUCUCAUUUCUUCUGAUCCAUCAGUCGUCCCUGUCGACAAUAAUCUUGCCCAAGAUAUCAACGGUUUUGACGCUCCAGAAGCAAGAGGAAUUUUGAUCGUGAAGCUGAGACGUGGACAAGAGCUCAAACUGAGGGCCAUAGCCAGAAAGGGGAUCGGAAAGGACCAUGCUAAGUGGUCUCCAGCAGCCACCGUGGCGUUUCAAUUUGAGCCCGAGAUCCAUAUCAAUGAGGCGCUCAUGGAGAGCCUGUCACUAGAGGAAAAGAAGGAGUGGGUUGACAGCUGUCCAACGAAAGUUUUCGAGGUUGAUCCUCAAACCCAACAGGUUGUAGUUGUGGAUGCUGAAGCUUACACCUAUGAUGAGGAAAUUUUAAAGAAAGCAGAGGCUAUGGGAAAAACGGGUCUGGUGGAUAUCAUAAGCAGAGAUGAUAGCUUCAUCUUCACCGUGGAGUCCACCGGUGCCAUUCAGGCGUCUCAAAUGUUUAUCAAUGCUAUAGAGAUACUGAAGACCAAGUUGGAUGCUGUUAGACUAUCAUUUGAUACUGAGGAGGCAGAUGACCAGUUCGGUGAGCUGGGAGCUCACAUGCGAGGGGGUGGGAUGUAAGUCAAGUCCUCAUAGUUUAUUGUUAAAGUCACUAUUUUGUUGACAACUGGUCUCAGUAGUUAAAGCUAAGCCAGUCAAAGUUUCUUGCAUCUUCAGGGGUUGGAGGGACCAUCGUGCAAGCCUUCUUUGAGAUGGUCAGCAUCCUAUGAACGAGUAGAGCCAGUUCAAAUACUGCAGCCAACUCUGUCCUAGCCGCUGGACGUCUCACCAAGCCAGUUGCCUCAUGGUCCAUCUUCUUGUUUAGAUGGUGAAACGAGAUGCUAGUUUCUGAGGCAGGAUAAUGGCUUUGGGACCAAUUUCAUACUUGUACUUUUAGCGUAGGUUACCAUCAUUCAAUUGAAUAUCUGCAAGCCAUAGCCUUACUCUGGUAUUUCAGAGUCACUAUAUCGAUCUCAAAGCCUCACAUUGCAAAUCAAAUGAUCGCUGGAAUCUCAUUUAGGUGCUGUCUGUAUACAGUUGUACGUUUCUCGAGUUGCACCUUUCCUUCUUGUAGAGGUAAAAGUUUACGAGCAUCCAAACGUUGUAUGUAGCAUAUAUUAUCAUAUUGCAUAU